UAGUACCCUCGUUUACUCUUUUGCCUCUCACCUAGCUACUAUACAUUGUGUUGGAAGUAGGGGACAUUAGACUGAGGAUCAAAACAAAGCCCGCAUUGUAUGCUGUUUAGGUAUUGAUCUUGGGAUGUAUGUUGCCAACAUUAUGUACCUACUAGCAUUCACCUUUUGUAUAGGGUCAGGAUAUGCUAUGUGAACAUGGAAAGUUACGUAGAUUUAUGAUUGUGUGGUUAUUGAAAUUAACUCAUGAACAUUAUCAUUAACUUAAAUAGGAAUGUGAAUGUAAUAAAUAUAAUCGACAAAUCGGAAAUACAAUCGACACUUUUGACAGUUAUAUUUCAGUACUCUGUGGUUAUUGUGACUUUGACAGAAAUCAGCUGUUUGUCAGUCAACAAUGAGGAAAUAGCAAACAAACAAGCAAACAACGCGGGGCAUUUUUACGUCUGUUUACUGUAGUCAAAGAAUGAUACGAAAUAAGCCAAAAUUAGACAAGACAACGGGAUGAGUUGCAUUACUUGCAUAUUAUAGUAGCGAGACCUACAUUCAACACGUGUAAAUACACGGAUUUGUCUUAUAAAUUACAGAAAAAAACUAAAACAGGAUUUCAAAAUGAAUGAAGAAACAGCCGAUACGGACGACGUGAACACAAUACUGCCGGAUGAAAUGAUACUGCAAGUUUUCCACUUGCUGCCUCUCGAGUCAUUGCUGCAGUGCGAGCAGGUGUGCCGGCGCUGGAGGAAGCUGGCUCUAGACACCACUCUCUGGAAGAGGAUCACUAUCAUCUACUCCGGAAAGCCAGGCCAGACAGAGGUCAGCGAGAAAAACCUGGAAAUCCUGACCUCCCACUGUGAUUACAUCUGCAAUGUCAAAAUACAGUAUGUGUACAACUACCCCUUCAUCAUGUCCAUCCUCGAGAAGUGCCCCAAUCUCACCUCCAUCGAGCUCAUCAUGUGUAGAGUGAGCACUGACUUCCCAGAUGAUCUACUGAGGUGGCCCAAAUUGAAGAAGCUUAGUUUAAGAAACUCACUUUUGCUGCAAACCAAAGAAAAUACUGACACACUUAUUAAAUUCAACCAUUUCAAAGAUCUAUCAUAUGUGGCACUGGCAGACUUUGGCCUUUCCUCCUCGAAUUGGAACAUGUUGAUACAAUGUGUGCACCUAAAUCAUUUGUACUUAGAAAAAAUUAGGGACAUUGAGAUUGAUCAAGUUAAAGAGUUAAUAUUGGCAAAGAAAAGGAGUCUUGUGUGCCUCCAUGUGUACGGGGGGACGGCCAUAGAUGACAAGUGCCUGCAGCUACUGGCUCAUUGCCCGUGCCUAGAGGAGCUUGUCAUCAUCAGGUGUGACAACCUGACAGAUGCUGGCUUACUGCCUCUUGCAGGCCUUACCCAAAUCAAAAACUUACAAAUCUGGAACAAUAAACACUUCACCGAGAUGGGUCUUUUAAGCACACUGGGGAGCCCCAAUUUGAUUAAAUUGAAAAGUUUGAGUCUGUCUAGGGUUAAGAAUAUAUCUCCUGUGAUUGUUGACCUGAUAUCUGAACAUUAUAAGAACCUUAAGUUUUUGGCAGUUUAUCAGUGUCCAAGAAUAAUAGAUACUGAUUAUGAAAAACAGUUAAAAUCUAAGUUUAGAAACAUAGAUGUAGUUUUAUACUAGAGUGGUUAAGUUGACAGUAGUGUUGUGACAUUCAUUAUGAAAACAAUUAAUUUCACAUGUAGAUUUUAUUCUUUUCCAUUGGCAAUGGCAUUUGUGGGACAAGGUUUACACGGUGAAUGGUUUUACAGUAAAAUGGAAUCAUCACACACACAAAAGUAUCUCAUACAUAAUAGUUCUAUACAUAACCAUUAUAAGUUUGAGUUUCCCUACACAUAUCAUAAUUAUGUACCUAUCGGUAUAAAAUCAAAAGUUUCACAUAUUAAAAAUAUUUACAUCACUACUACCACUAUGGCAAUUCACAAAUCAGGCGAAAGAACUUCAAAAAAUAUAAAAUAAAUAUUAUUAUGUAUACCUAAGUUACCUACCUAUAUUUAGACUGAUAUGCAUGAAUUAAAACCAACUAAAUAUAGUACUUACAGUAGUAGUAAGCCCAGCAGGCGGCAGAGUCAAACAUUUUAAAAAUGAUCUCCUUAUAUUUAGCUAGUUUUAUUCAUAAACCAGAUAACAAAUCAUGUAUACCUAUUUUGAAAACAUUUAAACAUGUAAUGUGAUGUUUGGUGUAUCUACAUUGUCUAACAUAGUAGUCAAGCUCUAUAUACGUUUUUAAAACAUUUCAUUUUAAACCAUAAUAUGGUUUUACCUAACACAUUCUUGUAUCUGGUAAAUCCUCCUCCGUUAUCACAGCUUUCAUCAUUAAUUUGGUAGCAUCUUUUCUCUCAUGCAUGCGGAGUGCAAGUUUUUAACGUGAAAGGUACACGCGAAUUUAUAUGGCGCAGGAGAGUCGCCACCUAGCGGUACAUGCGCUUCACUACUUCCAUACAAAUUCGCGUUUACUUUUCACUACUCGAAUUGUAGGAAUUCUUCCAC